UAAUCGAUUAUGUAUUAAUGAUACACGUGUUUCAAAUAACAACAAUAUUAUAUGAAGGUUAAUUCUAAAAGAAGCGAGUUCAAAUUAUAAUGAAAACCAGUGUUUGAUGCACAAAAAAGCCACUGAUGUUAUGAUAGCUUGCAGGGCCAUGAAAAAGUGGAUGAAAAACGAAAAGAACGAAAUAGAUCGUCUCAUGUUGCUUGACCGACUUAACGAGAUUCAAGAAUCUACAUGCAACGGACAGUGUGUGGUCAUCAAGCAAUGUCCAGCACUGAAUGAAAUAGCUAGUAAAACCCCACCUCUGAGUCAAAAAGAUUUGGAAACAUUGAGGAAAGCUUACUGUGGAUAUCAAGGAAAUAUACCUAAGGUAUGCUGUCCCGCCAAGCCCGCCGUCGAUGACAACACCUGCAUCGACGCUGACGGUCAGUUCGGGAAAUGUGUGGGGGUCUACUCCUGCCCACACAUGGUGAAGCUUCUGACAGAGACUCCCAUUGCGCCGGAGAACUACAACUAUAUCCAGAACUCCAGAUGCGAGGGCAAAGACAAUUACAACGUGUGCUGCGGGCCCGGUCGGCUGGCGACACCCUCCACUCCCACAGACUGCGCCCCGACCAUCGCGCCUCCUGACAGGAACAGCGAGUGUUGCGGCCGCGAGGGCUCCCAGGGCAACAGGAUUUUCGGUGGAAACGCCACAUACGUGGACCAGUACCCAUGGCUCACCCUCAUCGAGUACCGAGGCAGAUCUGACGAUAGGAUCAAGUUGCUGUGUGGAGCUUCCCUCAUCAGCAGCAAAUACGCUCUGACAGCCGCCCACUGUCUGGUGGGACCCGUGCAGAGUAUUGGCACUCCCAUCAACGUUCGUCUCGGCGAAUACGACAAGAGCAACGACGGCCCCGAUUGCGUCCUCACUGAAGGCCAAGGCAAGGAUUGCACUAAUGGAGUCACGAUCAUACCGAUAGAGAAGUCCAUACCACAUCCGAUGUAUGACCAUCGGAGCAGUGCGAAGCGACACGACAUUGGACUGCUGAGGUUGAAGGAGUUCGCACCUUACGACGAUUUCAUUCGACCCAUAUGUCUGCCGUCAUCAGACAUCACCGCCAACCCUCCAGACAAGCUGAGGCUGCUCACUGCAGGGUGGGGAGCUACUGAUGAGAGACACAGCGAUAGUGCAAUCAAACUGCACGUGGCAUUGCCGUACGUGACUCUGCAGCAAUGCCAAAGCUUAUACAGCAUGGAGCGAGGCUCUCUCCAGCUGUCGCAAGGCCAGAUGUGUGCGGGAGGAGAGAAGGGAAAAGAUUCGUGCAAAGGAGACAGUGGCGGCCCUCUCAUGUACGAAAACAGAAGCGAAAGAUCUCUUAGCGGAUACUUCGAAAUUGUUGGCGUCGUCAGUUUUGGACCUCGAAUAUGCGGGCAGGAGAAAAUCCCAGGCGUUUAUACUAAGGUUUCCGAAUACCUCAGCUGGAUCAGAAGCAAUAUCAAACCAUGAGAAUAGUUGUGGUAGUGAAAUAAGUUGUGAUUUAUGUAAUAUCUAUGGUAUUGUGAAUGACCUACAUAUAUUAUGUUGUGAAUAAUUAAGGUUUUGUAUAUUUUUUAUAUGAAUACAUAUUGUUUAAGAUCUCAGAUUCCAUUAAAGUCAUUAUAAUGUAAA